GGAGCCAGCUGCGCCCGGAGCGUCCUGCGCCAUGGGGGCCUGCCUGGGGGUCUGCUCCCUGCUGAGCUGCGUGUCAUGUCUGUGCGGCUCAGCUCCCUGCCUCCUGUGCGGCUGCUGCCCCUCCACAAGGAACUCCACCAUCUCCCGCCUCAUCUUCACCUUCUUCCUGUUCCUGGGCACGCUGGUCUCCAUUAUCAUGAUCAUACCCGGAGUGGAAGAACAGCUGCACAAGCUUCCUGGCUUUUGUGAAGGAGGCAGUUCAAGUCUAGGCAUCCAAGGUCGUGUCAACUGCAAGUCCUUCCUGGGUCAUAAGUCUGUGUACCGCAUGUGCUUUGCAACGGCUGCUUUCUUCUUCCUCUUCGCCUUGAUCAUGAUCUGUGUGAGGAGCAGUAAGGACCCAAGAGCAGCAAUUCAGAAUGGGUUUUGGUUCUUCAAAUUCCUGAUUUUGAUUGGAAUCACAGUGGGCGCUUUCUAUAUUCCCGACGGAUCGUUCACGUCAGUGUGGUUCUACUUCGGCGUGGUGGGGUCCUUCCUCUUCAUCCUCAUCCAGCUCAUCCUCCUGAUUGACUUUGCCCACUCCUGGAGUCAGAUCUGGCUUCGUAAUGCGAACGAAGGCAAUGCCAAGGGCUGGUAUGCAGCCCUCUUCAUCUUCACCUUCAUCUUCUACGCGGUCUCCCUCGCGGCCGUGGUGCUGCUGUACGUCUACUACACCAAGCCUGACGGCUGCACGGAGAACAAGGUGCUGAUCAGCCUCAACCUGAUCUUCUGCGCCAUCGCCUCUGUCGUGUCCAUCCUGCCCAAGAUCCAGGAUGCUCAGCCUCACUCAGGCCUGCUGCAGGCCUCCAUCAUCACCCUCUACACCCUGUUCAUCACCUGGUCGGCCCUGGCGAACGUACCAAACAAGUACUGUAACCCCACGCUCCUGGUGAGGAACAGCACCGCUGGCCUCGUGGCUGACGGGCAGGUGACUCAGUGGUGGGAUGCCCCGAGCAUUGUGGGAUUGGUCAUCUUCCUCCUGUGCACACUCUUCAUCAGCGUCCGCUCCUCAGACCACAGCCAAGUGAACAAGAUGAUGCUGACUGAGGAAAGCCCGGCCAUGCUGAGUGGCGGGGACCCGGGCGUGGAAGAUGGGGCGCGUCAGGCCUAUGACAACGAGCAGGACGGCGUGGCCUACAACUACACCUUCUUCCACAUCUGCCUCUUCCUGGCCUCCCUCUACAUCAUGAUGACGCUCACAAACUGGUACAGGCCCGAUGAAGGUUCCCAGACGAUGACAAGUCCGUGGGCUGCAGUCUGGGUGAAGAUCUCGUCCAGCUGGGCUGGUCUCUUCCUCUAUCUCUGGACCUUAGUGGCCCCCAUCCUACUCCCUGGCCGGGAGUUCAGCUGAAAAGGACAUGCAGACAACCAUGGUCCAAACCUGCUGGACAGCUCGGACUCUCCAAGCCAAGGAGCCCUGUUGCCAAAGGCCGAUCCCUGUCCCUGUCCCUAGAGCUGGGUUUGGUUCUCAUGGUGGGGAAAGUCCUAGCUAUGGAUGAACCCUGGAUUCCUGUUUCUGCACCGAGACCAGUUCCUCGGAAUUGUGCCUUUCUUUGUUUAUUGUUUGAAAAGGGAAAAAGUGCCAAGCAGGGAAAGUCUGUAGCUUGUGGGUGAAGUCGGAAGUGUCGGAGGAAAUGUUGCUGGGUUUAUGGGUUGUUUUGGGGUUUGUUUUACUAUUGUAGAUCUCCCAAGUUUGUCUGGGUGUUUCAGCGUGGCCUCCGGGCUGCUCUUUUGCAAGGAGGGAGUUGAAUCACCUUUGAGAAGUUUUGUUUUUAAGCGGAUGCUUGUACAAUGCAUUCUUUGACUCGUGUUACCCAGGGAGCAUUUUGUAUAAUUCUUACACAGCCCAUUUUAGCAUGUACCUAUCUAUGAACCUACAAAGAUUUAAAUAAAUAGCCAGAAUUCAG